ACCUUUGAGAUAGGGACCUCCGCACCCUGCCUCCGAGGUACCGGAGCGUUUCCCGCCAAGAUAGGGGGCGUGGUCCGCGCGCAGCUUGAUGACGACACUUCGGCGCCCGAUAUCCGAAUGGCGGCUUCCAUCUCUCAGGCUGGCUAUGCAAUGGAUCUCACAGUGGUUUCCUAAGGUGGCCGUUUUCAACUUUCUGCGGGAGGCUGCCAUGGCGUUCCCUCACCUGCAGCAGCCCAGCUUUCUCCUGGCUACCCUGAAAGCUGACUCUAUACAUAAGCCCUUUGCACAGCAGUGCCAAGACCUGGUUAAAGUCAUUGAGGACUUCCCCGCAAAGGAGCUGCAUGCCAUCUUCCCCUGGCUGGUAGAGAGCAUUUUCGGCAGCCUGGAUGGUGUCCUUGUUGGCUGGAAUCUCCGCUGCUUACAGGGACGCAUGAGCCCCGUGGAGUACAGCAUUGCUGUGGAAUUUCUAGACCCUGGUGGCCCAAUGAUGAAGUUGGUUUAUAAGCUUCAAGCUGAAGACUAUAAGUUUGACUUUCCUGUCUCCUCCCUGCCUGGCCCUGUGAAGGCGUCCAUCCAGGAGUGCGUGCUCCCCGACAGCCCUCUGUACCACAACAAGGUCCAGUUCCCCCCAGCCGGAGGCCUCGGCCUGAACCUAGCCCUCAAUCCGUUUGAGUAUUACAUGUUCUUCUUCGCUUUGAGCCUCAUCAUUCAAAAGCCGCUCCCAGGGGCCCUCCACGUCCGAACUUCAGACUGUGCCUAUUUCAUCUUGGUGGACAGGUACCUGUCAUGGUUCCUGCCCACAGAAGGCAGUGUGCUGCCCCCACUCGCCUCCAGCCCAGGAGUGCCCAGCCCCUCACCAGCUCCCCGGACCCCAGCCAUGCCCUUCGCCUCCUACGGCCUCCCCCACACAAGUCUCCUGAAGCGACACGUCUCCCAUCAGACGUCUGUGAACGCAGACCCCGCCUCCCAUGAGAUCUGGAGGUCGGAGACCCUGCUCCAGGUUUUUGUUGAAAUGUGGCUUCAUCAUUAUUCCUUGGAGAUGUACCAAAAAAUGCAGUCCCCUCACGCCAAGCUGGAGGUUCUGCACUACCGACUCAGUGUCUCCAGCGCCCUCCACAGCCCCGCCCAACCCAGCCUCCAGGCCCUGCACGCCUACCAAGAGGCGUUCACACCCACGGAGGAGCACGUGCUGGUGGUGCGCCUGCUACUGAAGCACCUGCACGCCUUUUCCAACAGCCUGAAGCCUGAGCAGGUCUCCCCCUCCGCCCACUCCCAUGCUGCCAGCCCCCUGGAGGAAUUUAAACGGGCCGCUGUCCCGAGGUUUGUCCAGCAGAAGCUCUACCUCUUCCUGCAGCACUGCUUCGGCCACUGGCCCCUGGACGCGUCAUUCAGAGCCGUCCUGGAAAUGUGGCUGAGCUACCUGCAGCCCUGGAGGUACGCGCCUGAGAAGCAGGCUCAGAGCAGUGACUGCCAGGCCAGAUGCGCUUCAGAGAGGUGGGCGCCCUUCGUGCAGGAGAACCUGCUGAUGUACACCAAGCUCUUCGUGGGCUUCCUGAGCCGCGCUCUCCGCACCGACCUGGUCAGCCCCAAAAAUGCACUUAUGGUGUUCCGAGUGGCCAAAGUCUUCGCCCAGCCCAACCUGGCUGAGAUGAUCCAGAAAGGGGAGCAUCUGUUCCUGGAGCCGGAGCUUGUCAUCCCGCACCGCCAGCACCGGCUCCUCGCGGCCCCCACGCUCACCGGCAGCUUCCUGUCCCCAUGGCCGCCGGCCGUCACUGACGCCUCCCUCAAGGUGAAGAGCCACGCCUACAGCCUGGAGGGCCAGGACUGCAAGUACACCCCGAUGUUUGGGCCCGAGGUCCGGACGCUGGUCUUGCGUCUGGCUCAGCUCAUCACACAGGCUAAGCAGACCGCCAAGUCCAUCUCUGACCAGUGCGGAGAGAGCUCAGCUGGCCGCCCCUUUCUGUCAUGGCUCGGCUUCCACUCCACAGACACAAACAGCUCCUACCCAGGCAACGACCUAGAUGACAUGGGGCAGGACAGCGUCCGCAAGACUGACGAGUACCUGGAGAAGGCCCUGGAGUACCUGUGUCGUGUGUUCCGACUCAGUGAGGCCCAGCUUGCCCAGCUCACGCUUGCCUCGGGGACGGCCCGGGAUGAGAGCGGAAAGAAACUGCUCCCAGACUGCACUGUUGGGGAGGACGGCCUUAUCCUCACGCCCCUGGGCCGCUACCAGAUCAUCAACGGGCUGCGAAGGUUUGAUAUCAAGUACCAGGGAGACUCGGAGCUGCAGCCCGUCCGCAGCUAUGAGAACGCCAGCCUGGUCCGUGUGCUCUUCCGGCUGUCCUCUGCCAUCAACCGCAGGUUUGCAGGCCAGAUGGCAGACCUGUGUUCCCGGGCCGACUUUCUUGGCAGCUUCUGUCGCUACCACCUCAUGGAUCCUGGGCUGGCAGACAGGCACCUGCUGAGUCCUGUGGGGCGGGGGCGGGCGGCCAGCUGUGCCCAGGGCCCCAGGCUCAGCCUGCGCUUCCUGGGCAGCUACCGGAUGCUGCUGUCACUGCUGCUGGCCUUCUUUGUUGCCUCUCUCUUCUGUGUCGGGCCCUUGCCCUGCGCCUUGGUCCUCACGCUGGGCUACCUCCUCUACGCCGUGGCCAUGACACUGCUGACUGAGCGGGCCAAGCUGCACCAGCUCUGACUGUGGGUUGGUGUUGUUUCCAGGCAGGCCGGCAGGCUGGCCACACGGCCACUCCCUUGCACCGGGGAGGACACCUCUGAACCUGAGCCCAGCCACCUUAAAGCUACUAGGGGUCAUUUUCCUGCAGCCUUGGAACCAUCUGCAAGAGAAUCUGAAACCAGAAGGGUGUGUGGUCCGGGCUUCGUAAGGAAGGAAUGGUGUCAGUGGGCCUGUGAACCUCAGGGGGUGACCCGGAUCUUGGCUGCCUAGUCCUCUUUCCUCCCCUCGGCCCGAGGCUCUGCCUUGAGAUGGCCCUCGAGGCCGUUCGCUUUCACCACCUUAGGAUUCAGCCAUGCAGAGCUCAGGAGGUGGUGUCUCCGCUGGGGGCCCCUUGGCCUCUGCCCUUACCUCCCUUGAGGUCAGUGUGGCAUGAGUCUUCCCUCCCCGGGUGCCACUGGGACGUAGCUCAGCCUUUGGCCCCAGAGAAGAAUCCAUGACCCUAGAAGAGAUUCCUGAGAAAACCGGAUGAUGGUCCUCUGAUUCCUAAUUUUAAAGCUAAAUUUUGCCAUCACGUUUGGCAGUGACAGGCCUUUGUGUUCUCCCAGCAAUUCUGAGGCUGGGUUGCACAAUUCCUCUUUUGAGGAGAAAAGGUCCUUUAGGAGCACAGGUGCUUGGGAGACAGUCUGCCACCUCAGCUCCUUUCUGUCCCAGGCCAUUGAGCACGCUGCUCAGUGGUGGCCCAGCAUCACCCCCUAUCCAGAACAGAAUCGCGUCUCCCUGGGCACCGGGGACCUGGCAGAGGCACUGGAGUCGGAUCCCACCAGCUUCUGCUCUGUAGCCAAAGAUGGUCAAAGCAUUGUUUCAUCUUCAAUAAAGUCAAGUGCUCAAAGACACAGUAAACACAGUAACCUUUUGAUAAUACCUAAACAUUCAGACUACAUGACAAUUACACGUUUACCAUCAAUAAUCAUCCCCAGGGGGCUUGAGUGCCCUCCGCCAUACAGAUGAUGCACUGGAGAAAAUAAGGCCUCAAUGGUGAUUUUCAAACCAGGCCUUUGUCUUUUUUUUUCCUUAAGUUUGCAAACUAAAUGCUGGGCUUUUUGUAUUUUGAUGUGAACUUGGAAUAAUGGCAUUUUGGGGCCUACAACCAAAAAUCAAACCAAAUUUGUCAUGACCAUGGACCUGAAUAAACCUGUUUUUAUUCCUGA